AUGUGGCAGUCACUGUACUUUCUGGCGCUGCCAGUGAUGUCACUACUGCUGAUUUUCUCUCCUGCCGGGCGAAGCAGCGAGGACCUCACGCUCACCCCGGGGUGUCACCUCUAUCCCUUCAACUUGACCAUCCGCAGUGACCGUCGAGGAACAUGCAGAGGAACCCACCUGGUGCACGCCUGCGUCGGUUACUGCGAGUCCAGCGCCUUCCCGUCCAGGUACUCGGUGCUGGUGGCCUCCAACUUCACCCACAACGUCACGUCCACGUCACAGUGCUGCACCAUCAGCAGGGAGGCCAAGGUCAAAGUUCGCUUGGAGUGCCCGGGAGGACGUCACCACGAUGAGCUGGAGAUCCUGACAGCUAAGGCGUGUCGCUGCGACAUGUGCCGCAGCUCACGACACUGA